AUCGUUGUAAUGUCUGGUUAAUGUCGUGACGGAUCGCGUAGCCACGGGCACGGUUCGACAACUGCCGUGGUUAACACAUUUAAUGAGUUUGUGGAACUUCACACCUGUAGUUUCCAUAAUCAUGAUGACCACGGCGAACAUGAUCAUCGUAGUAACACUAAUAACAAUCGUUUUAGGACUACCGCAAGAUUGUCUUCAAUACUGUAAAUCAUCACAUAACAAAACCGGCGGUAUAUCUAACUGCGAUUGUUCUCUCUACAAUACGCCUAGUAGUCUUCCAACGACAUUAACGACGCCUAUCAAAGAUAGUGGAAUAUACUACGAGCCGAUGGAACCAAAUUCUUUUCCGAAGACACAUUUUGAUGAUCAGACAUUAAGCAUGUUAAGCUUCAACAUCAACUUUCACUCAAAACCAAGUACGCAUAAUGCCACAGAAAGUUAUGAGAAUCAAAGAACAGCUGAAUAUGACAUUGAAAAGGCAAGAGAACUCCCUCUGUAUGUAUAUCUAGACUUAGAUCUGAACACCACAGGAAUCAGCAACAUUUUGCAAUUAGAAAACCUGAAGACAAUGUUCAUGAACUUUCAUGCUGCAGAAAAAAACUUAUCAGAAUGUAUAAAUCUAUAUAUUUAUAUAUUUUCAAAAAGUAUUGAUAUCAAUAGCAAAGUUGAUUACCAACAACUCACGGAGAUUCAGAAUAAAUGUAAUCACACUGCUAGCCUUAUAAAAGAAAGCAUUUAUGAGAUAAAACAACCUCUUUCACAAGAUUUUCUGCAAACGUAUGAGGAUGACAGUUAUGGCUUUAAUAUGAAUGAUGAUAUGGCCCAUACAAGCUAUAUGGAUACUAUAAAUACAACUGAUGUGUACACCAUAACCCAUUAUACUGAAACUAUCUCCGAAAACUCAACUGAAACUAUCUACAAAAACUCAACUGAAACAAUAAACACUAGCACAGAUAUAGGUUAUACCUCGAACCUAACCGAGAAUAUCAAUGUAGUACAUGUGCUGAAAAACGAUACUGAAAAGAUGAUUACAGAAAUUGAAACGAAUCGCACGAAAAUUACAGAUGAAGAGAUGAAAAUACCAAGAAUAUUAACCAAAGAACUAUCAAAUGGUACCUUAUUUAGUGCUGUGGAUGGAUUCGAAGAUAUAAUAACUAACUCUGACUUUACAACCACUACUGAUAGUACGACAAUGGAAAUAAAACCAGAAAUGAAAGUAUCUACAUCGAAACCUAUCUUUAUUGAUUCAAACGUUGAUGAUAAAAUAGUACAGUCGGGUCUAUUUGAAUUACAUGGACGCCUUUAUUUUUCGUUUGGAAGUAUACAAAUUCCUGCUCGUUUCAUUCAACACUCUGAUGGAGAAUUGAAUGUCGCUAUUGAUGCACUUUCAAUGUGCAAUCAAAUGGUAGAGGAAAAUUCGUCAAACUUUAUGAAUCUUUUAUGCAAAUCUAUUAAACUUCAGAAUUUCAAUUAAUCAUUUUCGCUUCUGAAUGUUUAUGAUUGUUUAAGUCCUAAGUGAUAGAUGUAGUAUAUUUGAAAAUAUCAUUUAAAAUAAAACGAAUGUGUUCAUUCAAUCUAAGGGAGAAAAUGUGUUUCACUCC